AUGAAUCCGUCCCUCUCAAGUAUGGAGUCUGACGACCCCGAUGAUGACCUUGACAUGGAGGAUGAGUACCUGAAGGCAGUAGCUGCAGAAGAGAAGAGACAGAGUGGACAACUGAUGAGAACUGUUAAACGACUUCUCAAGGGGGCUCAACCUGGGAGGGUCCUUGGAGAUCGGAAAGUCCAAGUCGAUCUUUCUUACCUUUCAGACCCGGUAGCCAUGAACCGAACGAAAGUGGCAAUGGGGGCCCUGAUUAAAACCUUCACGCCAAUCCCAGGGAGGGUAGAACCAAUACAAGUGUCUGGGAAGGGAAUCUUUACAUUAAACGUGACAAAUCAAUACUUGUCUCCAGAUUCUGAUUCUUCUGAACCUGAGAAACCCAAGGCUCUGCAUCCUGCAACUACAUCAGAAAUAAAGAAACAUUCCCCACCACCAGUUGUUCUACAGGCUCUAGUGAACGGUGUAGAAUUAACUCCUAAGUAUACAGGGCUACCAAAGAAGAUAUUAAAGUACGGCGAUCUUGGGAUUACAGAGGCAGGAGUAGCUGCAGCAGUGAGAGCUAAUCCUGAGGCAAGAUUAGAAGAACUUCUCCUAUAUGUGUUGGGGCAAGCAGGUACUCAAAAGGAAAUAAGUCUAUAUAAGUUAAGAUAA